UUUAUUGUUAUGCUCUACGCAUGUAUUUCAUACUUAAACAUAAACGUAAAAGCGUCGUCAUGACUCCACUGAUCGUGGAAAAAUUUGCAAGCUGCAUUUCUGAAGUUUAGCUGCUGAGGACAUCCAGCAAAGCACUGCCAAGCCGAGGGCCGUGUAUUCGCGGUUUCACACUCAAGAUAUAAAGAUGUCCUCAGCACUUUUACCAGUUAGUCCCAAAGUUUUUGAGGCAAUGGAGAGUGUUAAUGUUGCUGCACUGGCAGAGUGCUCUGAAGCAGAGAUCCGCCCAUUGCUGCCAUGCUUGGUUCGGAUGAGCCUGAUAGCACCACUGGAUCAAUCCAAUGAGUGCAUGGAGAAAAGGAAAAUAAUCUUACGCAUCUUGUCUGGCAUAGAAGUUGUCAAUUCUCUGGUUGCACUUCUAUCAGUAAGCUUCCCACAGCUUGAAGCAGAUGUCAAAAAAGAGCAACAGCUUAGGUCAAAGAUGGGAGCCACAACAGACAGUGUGCUGUUGUCAUCAGCUCAGGAUGCAGGGGCACCAGAUUUUGAGAGAAGUGAACCCAUCCAAAAGCUGAAGUUGGUGCUUGCCACUCUUAUUCUUGUCAUGGCCCAGGCCCGUGACGUGCGCCAGGAAUUCAGCGUGCAGCCGUCAGAGCUGCUGGACAACACCGUGCACCUGGAGGACGCGGCCGACAUCCUGAGCAUCGCGCUGGCCGAGCUGCCGCAGCUGCUGCCGCCGGCCGACGUCAGCGAGGGCCUGCUGCGUCUGCGGCACGGCGCCACCCUCAUCUGCCGCCUAGUGGCCAACAUGCCAGACGCCUUCCACGAGGUGUGCACGUCGCUGGUGACGAGCGGGGACCGGCUUGACGAAGACUCCCCCGGCGGCGCGGCGCGCAUCACAGCGCUCCGCCAGCUCUGCCAGAUGAACCCGCGCCAGGUGCUCGCCGUCCGCGCCGUCUGCAUGGAGACGUGCCGCAUGCCGAGCCUGGCGGUGAGUCUGUCGCUGGAGCAGGCGCGCCGCACCGCCGACACCGGCGACGCCGGUGACCUGGUGGCCUUCGUCUCCGGCAUCCUGCUCGGCAACAACCAGCACGUGCGCUCCUGGUUCCAGGCGCUCGUCAGGAACGGGCAGAAGCGGAAGGGCACGCUGGUGUCGUCCACGCUGCAGUCGCUCCGGGACCGGUUGCUGGAGCGCCUGCAGAACACCCUGCUAAUGGCCAUGAACCAGCGGCUGCCGGACUCGGGCGUGGUGGACGCCGCCGCAUCCGUCCGGCUUUACUGCGCCCUGCGUGGACUCGCCGGACUCAAGUUUACGGAGGAGGAGAUGCGCCUGCUGGUGCAGCUGCUGACCUCGCAGCCGCCGCCGUCGCCGGCUGGCGUGCGGUUCGUGGCGCUCUCGCUCUGCGCGCUGAUCGGCUGCCCCAGCCUGCUGAUGCACGCUGAGCACGAGCGGCGCGCCGUCGGCUGGCUCCGUUGGCUCGCGACGCAGGAGGCCUACUUCGAGCGGUCGAGCGGCGAGUCGGCCUCAUUCGGCGAGACCCUGCUGCUCUUCGCCAUCCACUUCCACGCCGGCAACCUCACUGCCAUCAUCGAGCUCGUCAACAACACGCUCGGCAUGAAGAUGAACAUCCGCCAAAGUAACCUGAACCGCAUUAAACAUAUCUUCACACAUGACGUGUUCACCGACCAGGUGGUGACGUCACACGCGGUGAAGGUGAAGGUGACCCCGUCGCUAAGUGCUGACAUCCCGGGAACGUUGCCCGUGCACUGCGUGUACCAGCUGCUGAAGACGCGCGCCUUCACCAAGCACAAGGUGCCGAUCAACGACUGGAUCUUCAGACAAAUCUGCCAGAGUAAGACGCCUCUGCACCCCGUCCUCCCAUCUCUGAUCGACCUUUACGUCAAGUCCAUGUUGGACACAACCCAAAGGCCUCAGCAGCAGGAGCACACGAACCAGCCGAUCGCCGAGGAGCAGAUCGCCUCCGUGUUCAGCGUCUCCUGCUUCCCGUCGGCGGACGGCGCGCCGGCCGCCGGCUGGCUGGUGGAGCCAGCCACCGCGCAGCUGCUGCUGCUCUACUACCUGCUGCGUCACGACGAGCGGCGGCUGGCGGCGCCCGACGAGCUGGAGGGCGCCGCCGCCGAGUGCGCGCCCCCCUCCGCCGCGCAGAUCGAGGAAGCUCUCAGCGGCCUGCCGGACACGGUGCCGCCGCGCCCGCUCACCGGCGACGACCUCACCCAGGACCCGCUGCACGUGCUGCGCUGCCACCCGGCCGUGCUGCGCGCGCCGCCGCUGCUCGAGGUCCUCAAGCGCCACCUGCUGGACCACCCGUCACCUGUGCCGCCGCAGCCGGGCAUGCCGACGGACGCCGAGCGCGAGGAGCUGCGCAGCGCCCUGGUGCUGGCGCAGGACUCGGCCGCCAUCCAGCUGCUGAUCGAGGUGUGCCAGGAGACGGAGCAGGGACGCGCGGCGCCCGGCGGCCGCGAGCUGCUGCAGGAGGUGCGCUGUCUCGUCUGCACCUACCUCCACCAGGCCUUCAUCGACAACCCCAUGCUGGCCAAGCUCGUGCACUUUCAGGGGUACCCGGCCGAGGUGCUGCCCGUGCUGGUCGCUGGCGUGCCAUCCAUGCACAUCUGCCUGGACUUCAUCCCCGAGCUGCUGGCCCAGCCCGACCUGGACAAGCAGAUCUUCGCUGCCGAUCUGACCUCACAGCUGGCGGCGCAGUUCCCGAUCCCGCGCUGCUACAGCACCGGCCGGCUGGUUAUCAGCACUCUGACCACCCUGCUCAGCGCGACGCUGCCGGCGCUGGUGCGGCUGGUGCGCGCCUUCCCGCCGUUGGCGCGCGACGUCACGUCGCUGCUGCUGCAGCUGGAGCGGACGGCGGCGGCCGUCCAGCUGCGACACGCGCUGCCCGCCAACGAGCUGCUGGGCAUCGAGCUGCGGCGCGCCUUCGAGGCCGUCUGCGAGGCGGUCACGCUGGACGGCCGCGUCUACCGUGACGGCAGCAAGGCGGCCGACGAGCAGGCGCUGCAGGAGCAGGCCAUGAUCUCAGCUGAGUACCGUGACGGCCCGGCGCAGGCCGGGCCCACCGCCGACCGGGGAGGCGCCAGUGGGCCGGCCGUCUGCAUCAGCGCCGACCUGUCGUGA